UCUCAGUCGCUGUCAAUACGAAACGUUGGGUUCCAUUUUUGUGCGGAUGAAAACGGCCAUACAAUACGACGUUUUGAAAAUUCAAUAAAAAUAGGAUAUAUCAAUAAAAGACAAACACUUUUCUUUUGAUAUUGGACAUUGUUAAUUAAACAAUAGAGGAAGAAAUCUCUUAAUGCAAGCAAAAGGUGUAAAAGUUGGUGGUGGUGGAGGUGUUGUGCAAUGAUUAAGAGGUUGUUGUUCAUCACCGGUCAGUGUGCAACCUUAACUUACUUUUUUUAUACCUCAAAAAAAAAAGUUAUUAUUGUGCAGAGUGAGUGGUGUGUCUGUGUCAUGGGCAACCAACCAGUUUCACUUGCCCUACAGUCUUGGUGUGAAUAAAACAAAACAAUAGAAAUGCAUCAAAGAAAAUUUAAAAAAAAAUAUCUACAUUUGGAAUAUUAACGAAUAGUAAUUUUUAAUCUGUGUUAAAAGUUCAGGGUUGGACAAUUCAUCUGCGGAUAUUGCCAAAUAUUUUAAAUUACCUUAGAUUUGCCUACGCUAGAAAGAAAAUGACCAUCGAAGCCAGUGGUGGUGGUGGCGGCGGUGGCAUUAUUGCCAAUUUAUCCGACAAAAUUGGAGCUCCUGAAGCAGCCAUACGUUUAUUGCUUACCCUCUUGGCAGGCUAUCCCAUUGCACUUAUAUAUCGUUUCCUAAUCCAACCACAAUCUUCAAAACCUGUCCAUCACAUCUUCUUUUCCCUGUGUGGAUUUGGUUUGUGCUUUUUCAAUUAUGGCCUAAAUACUUAUCACAGUUUAGUUUGUAUUUGGAUAACAUAUUUAUUGGUGCGACUCUUACGCAACUCUCCCACCCAGCUGGUGGGGGUGAAUUUCAUAUUUCACAUGAUUUACCUGUUGACGGGUUACUAUUUUACCGAAAGCAAUGAAUAUGACAUCCUAUGGACAACUCCACACUGUGUGUUGACAUUGCGUUUGAUUGGUUUCGCGUUUGAUGUGGCGGAUGGUGUUAAGCCCCGGGAGAAGUUGUCGAAAGAUCAAUUGGAAUGUAAUUUGGAAAAGGUGCCCUCACUGUUGGAACUAAUGGCCUAUGCCUAUUUUCCGGGCUCAUUUUUGAUUGGUCCCCAGUUUCCGUAUCGUCGUUAUCAGCGUUUUAUCAAUGGUGAAUUUAUGCAGUACAAGGGUUAUGUACGAACUGGAUUGAUACGUUUAUGCCUGGGAUUGGUGUAUUUGUUGAUCCGACAAGUGGGAGCCAUGAUGUUGCCCGAUAAUUACUUCCUCACAGAUGCCUAUCGUAAUCAGGCGUAUUUGUGGCGCCUUAUUUAUUUGGGUCUGUGGGGCAAGUUUUCUUUGUAUAAAUACAUUUCCUGUUGGCUAUUGGCCGAGGGAGCCCUAAUGUGUUUGGGUUUCACCUAUAAUGGCAAACAGGCUGAUGGCAACGACGAUUGGUAUGGCUGUUCCAAUGUUAAAUUAUAUCUCCUGGAAACCGGCAAUACCAUGGAACAUUAUGUCAAAUCCUUCAAUGUCAAUACCAAUCAAUGGGUGGCCUCCUAUGUCUAUAAGAGGCUGAAAUUUUUGAAUAAUCGUGAAAUAAGUUAUGGUGCAGCAUUGGGCUUUUUGGCUGUGUGGCAUGGUUUCCACAGUGGCUAUUAUAUGUCGUUUUUCAUUGAGUAUAUGAUUGUUACAACGGAAAAGCAGGUUGAAGACUUGUACAAAAAGGACAUUGUACCCAAUUAUGGCGGCCUGGUGAAUUCCAUGCCCUUUAAGCUGUUGAAAUUCAUUGCCCUGAAAUCAUAUAAUCUAAUAUAUAUGGGCUGGUGUUUGACUCCAUUUAUUUUCCUCAGCUUCGAUCGUUGGCUUGAGGUCUUCAAGGCUGUCAAUUAUUUCGGUUUCAUCUAUGUGGCCAUGUGGUUUAUAUUCUUCAAGGUCUACAAGAAGAUCAAGUCAGCACAGCGACGUAAGGCCAAUGAACGAGUACCCAGUCGAGCCACUGACCUCUCGCCCACAAUGAAUGAAUCUCAGAGUAAAGAUAGUGGCAGUAAGGCUACCGACCUCUCACCCAAUAUGCAGGAUAAUAAAAAGGACAAUUAGAUAGGUCAAAGAAAGGAGAAAGAAGACAAAACUAUACCUCUCAUUGGUAUAAGGGUCACCUAAACGAUUUUGAAAUCAAACGAAAACGUGGAAAAAAAUUAUCAAUUAUCAUGCAGCAUAAAAGGGAUAUUCCAACAAACAAAGGAAAGCUUUAAGAAAUUUUGUAUAUAGUCUUAAUUAUAAUGAAUGAAUGAAUGAUUGGGUGGGAACCCUCAAUCAAUUAUUCAUUUUAUUUUUUUAAUUUAGUAAUUUUAAGAAACCCCCCUAUGCCAUGCCCGGUAUUAUUAAUAAUGACUUUUAAGAAUGCUAGUAGGUCCCUUCUUGGUUUGUUUGGUCUACACAUGUUUUUUUUUUUUUACUUAGUUUUAUUUAUUUUGUUCUGGGCCACAAUUCUGGUUCUAUGAAGUGAAAGACUUGAUAAAUAAAAAAUGAUGAAAUUAUUUUUCAUUUUAUAUUUUCAUGGAACAAGAAUCUAGGGCUUGUUUUGUUUUUACUUUUAAGUGAUGCCUUAUUCAAUUUUUAUCUAGUCACAAGAAUAAGUAAUGUUAUCUUAAAAGGCAGACGACAACAAAAACACAUUAAUAUUUUCUAAUUAGUCAGUCUUUUUCUUUUUGUUUUCAUUAUUUUCAUAUCUUUAAAAAUCUUUAAAAACACACACUUUUUCACCUAUCAAAACAAAAAAGAAAAGAAACACACAUCUACUACACACUUGUAUUACAACAAAAAUAUAUAUAACGGACUUAUGAUACAAUAACAAAACUAUAAACCCCUAUAUGUCAAUGACUUAUUAACUUCUAUUCUAAUGGGAAUGGCUUCAGUGAUGAUACAUUGCCAGCCAAAAAAAAAAAAAAAAAACGAUAAGAACAACUCAAAUCACUCACUCACUCACUAUUUCACUUAAUAAUAUUUACUAAUCAAGGAAUUGCAAUGGUGUUUAACUUACAAUAAGUUGUGUCUGCGUGCGUGCGGAGGGUAUGUUUUAAAAAAUAUAUAAUCCUUAAAAAAUAUAUUUUUGUAAUCACAAACAAAAAAAUAAAAACGAAACGAAAAACGUCUGACUUAUGAAUGAAAGAAAGAGUGAAAUAAAACAUUUUAAUAAAUCACAAAAUAAAACAAAAAAA